AUGGUCCGUGAACCAGCACAAGAGGUUAAGUCACAACGAAGAGUUAGCAGAACGGAUGAAAUUAGAACGUCGACACAUGAAGACGAGUGACACAUUGCAUAGCUUUUUUUUAGAGGAAUUUUAUUGUUAUAAAAUUGGCUGUCUGAGGGAACUGUACACAGUCAGCCACCGUCUGAAGAGUGGACCAGGUUAGUUGGAAAAUAACCGUCGGUCGCGAAAGAAAAGAUUGUCGACGCGUUUUGAAAGUUUUAAUUAAAAUCGAUACUUCCAGCGUGAUUUCAAAAUCGCGUCACGUCAAACGCGCGAGCUUUGUUCCGACUGUGAGACAAACGCCGAUCGGCCGAUUACGCUAUCGUUGUCAACCAUUAUCGUUCGAUAAACGAAGGAUGGGGACUGGAGUAUCGAUGGCCGAGAAUCAUAAUUACCUUGGCGCGAGGCGACACGGUGAAAUGGCAAAAUGCAAGCAGACAAUUACGCGGCUAUUCGUAGUGCUGGAAUUGAUAUAAUUGUUGACGGCGUGGCGGCCGCCAGAGUGAUUCAGUUGCCCCGAUGCCAAUAGCGAUGGAACGUUGCGCGUUGCGGAGGGCACAGCAGCCGGACGUUCGCCGCGUGGACAAAGACGGACAAAUUAAUCGAUUUAUUCCGCCGUUGGAGAGAGUUGCCGCUUGUUCUCUGGCGUAAAUGAGCGUGCACGUGCACGUGUGCACACGUACAUAUGGAGAUGGCUAAUGGAGUAGCCGUUCGUGCGUUGGCCGAUCGCUGAAAGAAAAAGGAACAAAAGGACGAGUGAAAAAGAGGAAAGGACGAAGAACAGAGAGAGAGAAAAAAUUGGAAGAAAAAAAUAUACAUUUUCGAGGAACAUAAGAAUGAUUCUUCGUUACGAAAAAUUACCGGAAGACUAAAGUGUAAUAUUUCGUAGUAAAAAGAUUAAAGCAUAAGGAAAAGUUGAGAGUACAAAUUUCUGUUAAUAUUUUAUUAAAAAUCACUCGAGUAUGUUCAAAUAUACUGUUAAUAUAUAAAAUUUCCAGAGAUACAUUGCGUGUAGGGGAGAGUUCUGUCGUUCCCUGCAUUAUCGACUUUAAGUUCUUUUGCUGCAAAAUGGCGAUAGUUAUUAAAAGUAUCACAAUGUGCGAUUCAAAAAAGAAUAUUCGAGCAAUGAGGUACACUGUAUAAAUAUGAAAAAGGAAAUAGUGCUGCAGUGAUAUCUAAUAAAGGAAAUUGUAUG